ACUAUUACGCCCUCUCGCAUCUCCACAACUAAGACAUUGCUUGCGCACCUCUGUUCAAGCACGCCAACCAGCAUUCGCACCAAGAUUGCACUUUCACACCUCACCACUACUACGACAAAUAAUUCCUGAAAUGGCAGACGACCAGCCAACGGGACUCAAGGCAAACAAGGGUAUUGAGCUGCUCACGUGGGGCACGCCCAAUGGCUGGAAGGCUAGCAUCCUGCUGGAGGAACUGAAAGACGCUUACGGCAAGGAUUACACAUGGCAGGGUAUCAACAUCAGCAAAAACACACAAAAAGAAGCUUGGUUCACCAAGCUCGGUCCCAAUGGUCGAAUUCCAGUCAUCGUGGACCACGACCAAGGUGGCUUUGCUGUGCAAGAGGGUCUUGCCAUUCUUACUUAUUUGACGCGCCACUAUGAUCCUGAACACAAGUUCAGUUUCGCAGACCCAUUGGAUGUCUCGCGAGCUGAGCAAUGGAUGGCUUGGCAGCACGGUGGGCUGGGUCCGAUGCAAGGUCAAGCCAACCAUUUCAACCGUUUCGCCAAGGAACGCAUCUACUAUGGAAUGCAGAGGUACACGGGCGAGACUGAGCGCCUAGUCGGCAUCCUAGACUCGCACCUUGCCAACACCGACUACCUCGUCGGUAACAAGUUCAGUAUCGCCGACAUUGCAAGCUUUGGUUGGAUCCACAUGCUGCGCUUCUCGGGCGUGGACUUGUCCUCUUUUCCCAAUCUAGAGAAGUGGUGGGAGAGGAUACUUGCUCGGCCCGCAGUUCAGAGGGGCCUGGAAGUGCCGAGCAAGAGUGGAUUUGGCAACGAUUCGUACCUGCAGAAGCUCAAGGAGGACAAGGAAUUUGCCGAAAAGGAGCAUAAGCUGAUGGAGCAGAUCAAGGAGGCCAAGGAGCAGUAUGGUUACAAGUACUCGAGCCCGUAG